GACGAACCCAACCCACUUCCUCCCCCACUAUCUCUCACAGAGCUCCGUCGCCGGCGGCGGUUAGCUAUGUCGGAGAAACCGACAGGCCUCCCCCGUUUCCGCCGCUCUGUGAUGUAACUCCCCACAUUCCCCGCUAAACGAAUUUCACCGCCGGCGCCGGCAAGAUUCAGUUCAUAAUUCCCUGAUUUUUUUUUUCUUUCUGAUCUAAUUCGCAGCAGUUAUGAUGUCCUGCGUCUCGCCGUCGUUGUCGUCCCUCUACGACGGCCAGACGCACGAUGUCUAUCUCCACGGAGAUCUCCAUUUGACGAUCGUUGAGGCUCGACGGCUCCCGAACAUGGAUCUGCUCUCGGAGCGGCUACGGCUGUGCUUCACGGCGCUCGACACCUGCCGGAAGCCGUUCUCCGGCCGUAAGGGAAAGAAGAAGAAAAACGGCCGGAAGACCAACAUCAUCACCAGUGACCCUUACGUCACCGUCUGCGUCGCCGGAGCCCGGGUCGCCCGGACCCGGGUCAUACCCAACUCGCAGAACCCCAUUUGGAACGAGAACUUCCGGAUCCCGAUCGCGCACCCGGCUACUCACAUCGAGUUCCACGUCAAAGACGACGACGUCUUCGGCGCGGAUCUAAUCGGCAUCGCCGUCGUCCCCGUCGCGAGAAUCGCCGGGGGCGAACGAGUUAGGGAUUGGUUCCCAAUCGUCAGCUCACUCGGUGGUAAACCGCCGAAGCCCGACUGUGCGAUGCUGAUCGAGAUGCGAUUCGUGAAAUGCGAGGACAACCCGAUGUACAAAAUCGGUUCGGAUACCAACCCGAACUUGUACAGCAUCCGAGACUGCUACUUCCCGGCCCGACCCGGGAGCUCGUUGACCCUGUACCAGGACGCCCAUUGCCCCGACGGAUUGUUACCGGAGAUAAAAUUGGACGGCGGGAUGGCGUUCAAGCACGAGAAAUGCUGGGAGGAUAUCUGCCACGCCAUUCUGGAGGCGCAUCAUCUGGUUUAUGUGGUGGGUUGGUCGGUGUUUCAUAAGGUGAAAUUGAUUAGAGAGCCCACGAAGCCAUUGCCCAACGGCGGGAAUUUGAGCUUGGGGGAUUUGCUGAAGUAUAAAUCGCAGGAAGGGGUUAGGGUUCUUAUGCUGGUUUGGGAUGACAAGACUUCUCAUAACAAGUUCUUCAUUAACACGGCUGGAGUAAUGCAAACACAUGAUGAAGAGACUCGAAAGUUCUUCAAGCAUUCUUCAGUGAACUGUGUGCUGUCGCCGCGAUAUGCCAGCAGUAAGCUUAGCAUUUUCAAGCAACAGGUUGUUGGGACUCUGUUCACUCACCAUCAGAAGUGUGUGAUCGUGGAUUCGCAAGCAUCUGGGAAUAACAGGAAGAUCACUGCAUUUCUUGGUGGUCUAGAUCUUUGUGAUGGCCGCUAUGACACUCCUGAACAUAGAUUGUUUCGUGAUGUUGACACUGUGUUUGAUGGCGAUUUCCAUAACCCGACUCUUCCUGUAGGGAUUAAGGGUCCUAGAGAACCAUGGCAUGAUCUGCACUGCAAAAUCGAAGGACCAGCUGCCUACGAUGUGCUGACAAAUUUCGAGCAGCGUUGGAAGAAAGCUGCGAAACUCAGGCGGUUCAAAACAGUGAGCCAUUGGCAUGAUGACUCCUUGAUUAAGUUGGAGAGAAUCUCUUGGAUACUUAGUCCUUCACCGUCGGUCUCAAUCGAUGAUCCUUCACUGUGGGUGACUGAGGAGAAAGACCCUGAAAAAUGGAAUGUCCAGGUCUUUCGGUCUAUAGAUUCAGGGUCAUUAAAAGGAUUCCCCAAAGAUGUUUUCCAAGCAGAGGCUCAGAAUCUCGUGUGUGCUAAGAAUCUGGUGAUUGACCGAAGCAUUCAGACGGCUUAUAUUCAGGCAAUAAGAUCUGCCCAGCAUUUCGUGUAUAUUGAGAACCAGUACUUCAUUGGAUCCUCUUACUCUUGGCCAGCAUAUAAAGAAGCCGGAGCGGAUAAUCUAAUUCCUAUGGAGCUGGCAUUGAAAAUCUGCAGCAAGAUAAGGGCAAAGGAGAGGUUUGCUGUUUACAUUGUCAUACCAAUGUGGCCGGAGGGCCUUCCUUCUUCCGCUUGUGUGCAAGAGAUUCUGUUUUGGCAGGGACAAACCAUGCAAAUGAUGUACAGACUGAUAGCAGAAGAGCUGGAAAACAUGAAGAUGGAGAAUGCCCAUCCUCAAGAUUACUUGAACUUCUUUUGUCUCGGCAACAGAGAACAACCCCCAAAAGACGAAUCUCCACCAAGUUCAAGCAGCAGCAAAAAUGCAAGCCCACCCGAAGUGACCUCGAGCUGCCAGAAGCACCAACGGUUCAUGAUCUACGUUCACGCGAAGGGGAUGAUAGUAGACGAUGAGUAUGUGAUCAUCGGAUCUGCAAAUAUCAACCAACGUUCCAUGGCCGGUUCGAGAGACACCGAGAUAGCAAUGGGUGGGUACCAGCCGAACCACACUUGGGGCAACAAGAAACGUCACCCCCGAGGCCAGGUCUAUGGAUACAGAAUGUCGCUAUGGGCAGAACACUUGGGAAAACUACACGACACGUACAAAGAACCCGAGAAGCUAGACUGCGUGAAGGCAGUGAACAAGACGGCGGAAGAGAACUGGGAGAAGUUCACAUCAGAGAAGUUCAAGUCACUGCAAGGCCACAUCCUCAAGUAUCCUGUGCAGGUUGAUAAAGACGGCAAAGUGAAUCCUUUGCCGGGGCACGAAACUUUCCCUGACGUGGGUGGUAAAGUUCUUGGAGCUCGAACCACGCUUCCAGAUGCAUUGACUACUUGAAGAACUACUGAUGAAGUUAAUCUAAACCCAGGUUCCCAACUUCUAACUUCUCUUAUUGAUUCAUUUGUUUGGCUCUUAUGAAAAGCAGGGGAGGGGGUAGCUAUGUAUAAUCAUUUCUUUGAUUCUUCUAUGUACCGUCUCUGUUAACAUAGAAAUGUUACUGAUUCCAAAUGUGUUUGUCAAGAAGAAAGAAAUAUAUGCAAUAUGG